AUGUAUUCCGUGGUGCAAUUUUUCAACGACAAAUCUGUGGCGGAAAUGGCUGAAGCCUGGUUCAACAACGCGGGCAGAGUACUAUGGCCUAAAAAGCACAGACAGCGCAGCAUUUUGCUGGAGAAUAACCAGCGGCCACCGGAUGGUACCAAGGCGUACGCCGUCAAGGUACUAAAAAGUGGCCUAACGCUGGAAAAAGCUCGACAGGCGGCGCGGAGAGCACAGAAUACUGACAAUCUCUCCAGUUCCGAGCCGCGCCAGUUGGGUAGGGCCAAGAGGAUCAGGUGUGCUACCAUGUUAUAUACAACGAAUUUUCCUUUGCAGACAUAAUCGCAAACUAACUCCAGACUCCGACGAAGAGGACUCGCCAAACCAACCGAAAGAGCCAACUGGUUGGCCAGCUCUACCGCCAAUACUACAGUAAGUAUGACUAUUAUAGACAUUUCGUAGGCCAAGAACGGAGGAGAAUGUGCCACACUUGUUUUCCACUGCGUAGAUUUGACCCAGUCGGUCAACACCACUGUCCUCACUUGAGUAGACAACGCUUAUCAUUUAUUACUUUAGACAAUCCACGACAAUUUCGUCAUAUGUUUCCACGGCUACAAUUUCGACGGAAUUUAGCCAACAGGUGCAAAAGGACAUGGCUGACAUAAAAGGUCAGUUAAUAAACACAAAUGUCCGGCUAGCAGCACUUGAGUAAGACUGUGGACAAUCUCCCUAACAAACUAUUAGGAAAAGGAACGAUUUCCUAGCUGAGCAACUUAUGGCUCUUCAUAGCAGUGUGCAGCAGAUGCAGGCAACACUAUCAGAUGUUGUCAGUGCAUUGCAGAGAGCCUCCAGCGCCGGUUCUGUCACAUCCUCCUCCCUUAAUUUACCGCUGUGUACCGAGGAGGCAUACGAAAACCUUCUUCGUCGGCUCAGCGUAGAAGACGGUUUUGCAAACGAGGCGGUAUGUGCACAUCUACUUGACUGUUUUCAGAUCCGGCAACUGGCCAUGGUAGGUGGUCGAAAUGAGGCAGACUUCCUCAGAAACCUUCUGACGGUUCUAUUGGGCCCGCCCUUAUGCCACAACUUCUGUUGGUCGGGUGGAUCCAAGGAGAAGAAGUCCUUCAUGGCCUGUCCACUUUUUUCUGUCCUUAAAGGUAAGUCCAAUUUUUGUUUAUUUUCACGCGCAGAUGCCACUGCCCAACAUCCCCGUUUUGGCAACUGCACUAUGAAGAUAUUUCGAUAG